AUGCAGCCCUCCUUUGUCAUACCUGCUCUCCUCCUGGCGACUGCUGCCCUGAGCCCAGGGGCUGCCGCGGCGCAGGGUGACAAUGAAGCCACCGGGGAAGACGCCUAUCCCCCUCUCUGGGAGCGUGCCCCUGGCAACCUGAUGGAUUUCCCAGUGAAGGCCAACAAAAUCCUCAUCAAUGCUUGGAACUACCUGCAGCGACUAGGAAUGUACAAGACCUUGAUAAAUUCCUCAAGCAAGUAUUUUGCAGCCUCUCGGUCCCAGAACGCCGGCAACAUCCUCUGGGGAUUGCCACUGCAGCACGGGUGGCAGUUUAGGACAGGGAGACUGGCAGAUCCUUCCAGUGCAACCUCCUGUGGCUAUGAAGAUGGAGACCUCCUGUGCAUAUCUGUAAGGAGCUGGUGGUCCUGUAUGAACUACUACCUGGCUGCCAUACCCUUCCUGGGGGCAGUGGAUGCUGGCCUCUUUGGGCAGCUGCCCCAUGAGGUAGAACUAUUGCCGCCAGCGGAGCGAGAGGCUGAUUUCUGCUACAGCGUUGCCGGCUGCCGCGCUCGCUUCCCCGAGCUGAUGGAUGGCUGGAAGGCCUAUUUUGAAUACCUGUUAUCUACAGACCACAGAGCCAUGAGCCCUGCAGCCUUCUCCUCCUUCAACAUGGAUGAUGCCCUGAGUCUCAUGUGGAAGGCACACGUCACCUCCAUUGCUUAUGCACUGCCCAAGUUCCAGGACAGCUUGAAGUAUCUCCCUGAGCCAGAAGCAACUUUUGGAGAAGACUGGGCUAACGCUGUAGAUUUCAUUGCAGCCACACACUUCUCUACAGACCUGGUGAACACAAACAGCUUCCAGGCUUUCCUGCCCCAGAGGAUGCUCGUUGAAGGGGAUGUGCCCCCAGGCAUAAGUGACUUCACUCCACAGCAAAACCGAGUCCUGCUCUACCUGAGAGUUCUUCACAAAGCAAAUAGGCUAUCAGGAGGGCUGUUACUGAAGCUCUGGCGAAGGGCGAUGUCUACCGAAGCAGGGAGGGAAAUAGGCAGAGAGCUGAUUGAAAACUUGGCUUCCAGCGCGAUGUUCGACCCAGUGGGGAUGGCUGAUGACUUGAAAGGAGCAGAUCUGACAGUGCUGCUUCUGGAGAAGGAACAGUUCCAGCAUUGA